AUGGGCAACUCUGGCAGCUCCAACAGGAUUUCUGCCCAGGACAAGGCGAUCCUGGACAUGAAGAACCAGCGCGACAAGCUACGCCAAUACCAGAAACGCAUCACCGUCCUCACAGACCGCGAGAAAGCGAUAGCGAAAGAAUGCCUGGCUAAGGGCGAUACGGACAAGGCGAAGCUGGCUCUCCGGCGAAAGAAGUAUCAGGAAUCGCUUCUAUCCAAGACGGACGCGCAACUCGCGCAGCUGGAGCAGCUGACCAGCGAUGUCGAGUUCGCCCUUGUACAAAAGGAUGUGCUCUUCGGUCUUCAGCAGGGUACUGCCGUGCUCAAGGAGAUCCACAGGGAAAUGGGCGGCAUAGAGAAUGUGGAGAAGCUGUUGGGUGAGAAUGAGGAGGCGCGGGCUUAUCAAGAGGAAAUCAGCGAACUCCUUGCGAACAAAAUGUCAAAUCAAGAGGAGGACGAGGUCGAAGAUGAGCUCGAGGCGCUCGAGGCAGAAGUCAACGGCGUCCAGCUGCCCAAUGCACCCGUCGCCCAACCGCAGUUUACAGCAGAAGAGAAGGCACAAAUGGCAAAGGACAGGGCAGCAAGAAGAGCACGCGAAAGGGCUGCUGAGCAGGCAUCGCAACCCAUGUUGGCAUGA